AUGAAGAUUAUUACCUGGAAUUGUCAAGGAGCAGCUUCUAAAGGGUUUAUUAGAGCUGCAAAAUGGUUUGUUAAACAGCACCAACCAAGCAUUUUCUGCCUUGUUGAAACCAAGGUCUCAGGUGAAAAUGCGAAUAGUAUAUGCGUUAAAAUUGGUUUUGAAAAAUGGGCUAGAGUUGAAGCCAUCGGCUAUAGUGGAGGUAUUUGGAUUAUGUGGUCGGGUACUCUGCAGAUUGAUAUUCUCAACUUUCACCCUCAGUUCGUACACAUGACGGUCACGGAACCUACAGGGCGGAUGUGGAAUUUCUCGGUAGUUUACGGUAGCCCGUCCCUUCAGCUCCGUCGACGGCUUUGGAAUUCUUUAUCAAGAAAUAAGGUCCAGGUUGAUCACCCCUGGUUGAUUGCAGGAGACUUUAAUGCUAUUGUUAAUAGCGAAGAGUCCUCAAACCCCAACAACUCAGGACAUCACAGGAAUGGGGACUUCAAAAAUUGGAUUUUCACUGAAGCUCUGGUUGAUCUCGGUUUCAUGGGGCAGAAGUUCACGUGGAGACGGGGAAGGGAGGAAGGAACCUUUAAAGGUGCCAGACUUGACCGUGCUCUUUGCUCCAUGGAUUGGGUGGAAAGGAUGUGUGAGACGAGGGUGGUCCAUCUUACGACCAUUGCCUCGGAUCAUUGUCCUAUUCUUAUUGAUCUCGAUACUAAUAACAGCAAAAGGCAGCAUAACUUCAUGUUUCAGGGUGCCUGGGCCUCUCACCACUCGUUCUUAGAUCUAAUUAAGAACAACUGGCGCAUGGAUGAUACAGUAUGGAAUAACAGAGAACACAUGGCGACCACUUUUAAACAGUGGAACCGUAAUGUAUUUGGUAACAUACACCACAGGAAAAACAACCUUUUAAGGCGUCUGGACGGGAUCCAAAGGCAAUUACAUCAUGCAAAUCAUGCUGGACUCAUCAAGCUGGAAAGAAAAAUUCGAAAAGAAUUAGAAGAUGUCCUACACCAAGAAGAGAUCCUUUGGUUCCAACAAGCAAGGGAGGAGUGA